UGAUCAGUGAUCAGUUGAGGGAGGAGGAUCUCGUCAUAGUGUGCACACUAUAGAGUGAUCGACAAUCAUACUCAUCAUAUACAUGUUGCACCGUCACAACUGACGUUAUAUUCCAUUUGAUGUCGAUACAAUGUUUCAUUGUCGGAGGACGAGCGUUUCUGUCGCGUCUUUAUCACUUCAGCGUGUCAACUUCAAUGGAGCCGCCGGCGACAUGAUCUGCACAUUGCGUAAUUACCGCGCGAUGUUUUGCGCUCGUGUUUACCGGAGAUUUAGUGAACGCAACGCCGCUGUUUUCCACCGGAGAGACGAGCGUUCCGGUUUUGGAUGUGUGCAUGAUAUUGCUUUCAGGUCAGCGUCGGGUCGCGUUACACACGCGCACAUUUCAGUGUUUACAUUGCACGCAUCGCCGCGACGCGGAUACAGUGACUGGACGAACACGAACAGAAAGAUCGUGAAACGGAAUGAACUUGAAUCGUUUUUAUCCGCUUGUUCUUCUCCUGUUUUGACGAUGCAAACGAGAAGCUCCUCCACGACGCCAGAGAAAACGCGAGAGGAACGCGCCGCUGAGAUCAAAACGGAGGCGCUCUCCUCUGGUUCCAGUGCUCAGGGUGUUCCAGCAGAGCCUGAUGAGAAACCCAGUAAAACACAGCAGCUCAAGAAAGUGUUUAAGGAAUACGGAGCUGUCGGAGUCUCAUUCCACAUUGGAAUCUCUCUCAUAUCUCUGGGAAUAUUCUACCUUGCAGUAUCCAGUGGUAUCGAUAUGGCAGCGCUGUUGUGUAAACUCGGCUUCAGUGAAUCGUUUGUCCAAUCAAAGAUGGCUGCAGGCACGAGUACGUUUGUUUUGGCGUACGCCAUCCACAAACUCUUCGCUCCGGUCCGCAUCAGCAUCACACUCGUGUCUGUACCGCUGAUCGUGAGAUACCUCAGGAAAACUGGACUCUUCAAACCCAGAACAUCAUCUCCGUAAAAACCUGCAGCCUUUGAUUCAUUCGGACCUUAAGAUUUCUGGAACUAAACACAAAAUACACAAUGUAGUGUACAUGUCACUGACAACUAACUCAUUCAUAAGCUCUGAUGACACAUGAUAAGCUUAACUAUCAUUACUCAAACAUUGAAUUUGAUGUUUAAUUCACUACACUCACAUAAAUCCUAUUGAAAACGCAUCUAUGCAUUUGUCGACUGUACAGUUACCUCAAAGUUUCGAGAAUCAUUUAGACAAACAUAAAUAUAAUGUGAAAAGAGGAUGGUUUGGGUGUAGUAACUUGUAGGAUAUAGUAUUUGCAUUCCACAGCUAUUUUCUUUUCUGGUUCACAAUGUUGACAUAUACAUACAUGUUUAUGUGACCAACCAUGCAGUCAGGAAACGUGUGGAAUUAAAUAUUAUAAUGAGAUGAGACGUGGUAAUUAUCUUUCACUCUCUGAUGAUAAUUUUGGGAAUGAUUUUGUGUUUUCAAUGAAUGUUUCCUUGUUUUAAUCUGGACAGUCCUCAUAUGAAGUAUGCAGAAAUAUUUUAUCAACUGUGAUUUAUGUAAAUGAAACAGGUAAUGAAGAAUGUGUUGUCUUAAUUUAAGACAGAUAAUUUGAUAGCAGUAGCACACUAAUACCAGCCAUUGCAAUCGAAAGGUCAGAUUAGGCUUUGUAGGAUUUUUCAUGACAUUAUAAUUGGCUUAAAGUCUUGUGUAAUAGGCUAUUGUAAUGUUAUAUUUGAAUACAUGUAAUUAUACAAUAAAAUAUUUGCCAUGUAA